GAGUGACGAGGGAAAAAAAACCGUUAGAAACUUAGAAAGUUUCUCGCACUUGUGCCAGGCAGACAUCGUCAAUCAGAGCUCAAGAAUCUUAGUUGAAAUUUCGUAAAGUUUUAACUUUUUCUACUUAAGAAUUGUUUUCUUCUUACUUCAACACGAAGAAUCAAGUUCAUUCCCCACCAUUUUGAAGACUGCUUCCAAUUUAUCUUCCACAUAACUGGGAUUUGUUCCUACUGAAUAUUUUUUUCUUCUAACAACAACAAGGAGAAUCAAGUACAUUUCCCACGGUAUUUGAAAACUGCUUCCAAUUGAUCAAUUCCAUCUGGCAGGGAUUUGUUUCACUCCAUUAAAUUAGCAGAACAUUACUGAGUACUGACUACGGAGGGUCUGAUCAACUCAAAGCACAGAGGAAAAUGGCUUCCAAAAAGAAAGCUGAGAACGAACACACACCUGAAGGUGAGGACCAUGUCAACCCACCUAAGAAACAGAAGAAGGGCCAUGUGAUCGAAAUUGAUCCCAUAUUUGCAGUAUCAAGAUCAGACUUCCUUUCGAUAAUUCAGAACCUUGUUGGUAACUACCCAAACAUCAGGAGUGCAAAUCUAUCCAGUGACUGCGAUUUUUCAAGUCUUCCUAAAGACAUUGAUGUGGAAAUGCUCAUCGAAGUAAUUGAAUCGGUCGGCGCCGCGUGUGUUUUUCACGGAGAUUUUGACGUUCGAAGAUAUGGUUUAGAAUGCUGGAAGAUUGCCCUUCUAUUGCGAGAAGCCUUUGCAAUUCCGAAGACCGCCUUGUACCAAUCUAAAUGGGAAAAAUUAGCUUUGAGGAAUAAGCGGGAAUUCCAAACCGUUGCAGAACUGGAACAAUUGCUUAGACAGAGGCGAACGCAUUGGACAGUUCAGGCGUACUUCCUCGGCAGACGUACUUUGGAGAAGCAUAACUGCUUUCCGAGUGGAUGCAUCAUAUUCAACAUGUACAAUUUCGCGAGUCAUAUCUGGAACCACCGGCCAAUAGCGAAGAAUCAACCACGUUGUUUUGCCGUCACAAUGUUCCUUAUUGAACUCUUUGGAAAAAAAGAGUAUUUACAACAAUUCAUUCGCAAUCCAACAUGGUGUUCUGACAUCGGACACUGGACUUUUUGUGAACUAUUCAAUACUUUGGGAGAUCCAACAUGGACUGGCCUUGAUGUAACCGAACAAAAUGCAGUAUUGACUUUCGACAACUUGAUGGAAACCCUGGGUUUUUGUUUCUUAUACCAGGUUAAUGUUCACGAUAUGGCCUCAUUGGAUGAGAUUAAAAUAAACGAAGAGUGGACAAUCCAGUCUAAAGCCGACAAACUGGAAGAUAUUUCAAACCUGAUUCUUGUUAUUCUCAAACUGCUGGUGUCAAUUCCGAAAUCGAAGAGUGAAAGCAAGCGAUUGAAGAGCAAGCUAGCCAUCUACAUAAAUAUCUUUGAACUCAAGCGGGUAUCUCAAAAACCGAACCUCUUGCUUAGAGUAUGCACGUCGCACCAAGGAACACCCAACGAGUUCAAGCUGAUCAAGUUGUUGCUGAAAGCAGGAGCGGAUCCCAACGCUGUAGAUCAACAACGCUGCAGCCCUCUUCAUCUGCUGGCAAAAAGUGAACAUCUCUCCUCUCAUUCGUGGAGCAAUCCUUCUUACUCUACUCGUGCUGAAAACUUCACUGCCAUCGUUCGAGUUAUCUUUGAUGGAAGAUUCCAUCAAGAUCAAGUCAAUCUAAGUGGCCAAUCAGCAUUGGAGUGUCUAAAACCUCUUUCGAGCUAUCCAGAUGCUGAGUUAAGCCGACUGGUAGGCAAUUUCUCGCAGGGUGUUCGUCCGUUAUCUUGCAUCGCAGCGAAAGAAGUUCGAAGGCAUCAACUUCCCUGUGAAUGUUUACCUGUGACGCUUCAGUCUAUGGUUUUGCAGCACUAGUUCGUUUCGAUACUGCUGGAGCCUAGAAUUGUUUUCCUUUUUGGCGUCAAUUUGUUCCAAAAUUUUUCGUAUUGUUAUUUGUCUUUCGUUUGCAUCGAAUAACAACCUUUGCUUGUGAAUAAAUAGAACGAGUUAACAACUUAUUA